UCUAUUUCUUCAAAACACAAUUUUUCGUCUUUCAACGAAAAAUAACAUGAAUUUUUGAUGCAGUCGAAAUAAACCCGCUGAAAAAUUCGCAAAAAACAUUUUCAUGCAGUCGUCCAAGGAACAGAUAAAAUUCGAUGAGCAAAGUACGAUAAUUAAUGUUGCAUUUAACGAGGAUACCUCCAUGCCUGCUCCACAUCCAGGUUCACAAAACGAUACUGCUACACAAGACUGGCGUGUGCCAUUUUGUCAAACGCUGCCUCUUGCUGAACAAACUUUAAUUCAAAACAUCAACACGGGAAAUUUAUGUACCAUGGAAACCACCAACCGACUUCGACAUCUAUCAUUCCCAUCCCAGCAUGAACCGCAGUACUAUCCCGAGACAUCACCUUAUGAAGCGUCCUAUCAACCGCCAUCAGCAUUUCAUCAUCCAAUAGAAAUCACUCCAACGAUUUUUCCUCCCUACUUUGUGAAGAACUUUUUGCCACCGGAAUAUAGUUCAUCCGCUGUUUAUUAUCAUGAAGGAAACGUCUUUCAUUCAUAUCAAACACAACCCUACCAAGACCUAUCUCAACUAAAUACCUUUGGAGUAAACUAUCAUCAAAAUCCUUGGGGCAUCUCUCAAAAUCACACCAGACUCACUGAUGUUCAUGUGAAAUCAUCGUCUCUCAUCGAUAACUCUUGCUGUAAUGACUCUCGUUUCCAAGCCACGACGAGUUUGCCACACGUCCAUAUUUGUAAGACCAAACCCCUAUCUCAUUUUCCUACUUUUUCUGGUGACACGAGCGCACAUUCUUCGAUUUCGACGACCUCUAAACUUCCAGAAAAUAUCUUUCUUCCAACAAUUAAUGCCAAGACAGGAAGCAACGCCGAGAUGCCAUUGUGUUUGAAAAAAGAGGCAAGUUUAUCGGAAAGAGUGAAGGCGCAGGUUGACGAUUUCAUCCACUCGACGCUGAAGAAGCAAGAGAUUGGCUCUUGUCAUAUUCGCGGACGUAAGAUUAAGAGAUCAGUGCCAUUAACGGUGCAUUUGCGUCAGCCUCAAACUGAAAAGAAGCGUUUCAAAUGUGACCAGUGUUCCAAAUCCUUUAUUCAUCUUGAUAAACUUAACUCACACUUGCGCUCUCACACUGAAGUUAGACCAUUUUCGUGUUCGUAUUGUCAUAAAUCCUUUGCUCAUUCAAGUGGUCUCAAGACACAUACGAGAAUCCACACCGGGGAGAGACCCCACCACUGUCCAGUCCUUGACUGUGGCAUGCGCUUUUCGGACAUUUCGACUUUAGUGAAACACGCCCGUGUUCAUAGUGGUGAGCGGCCUUACUCCUGCGAUGUUUGUGGUCGACGGUUCAGUCAGUCGGGAAACGUGCACAAACACAGGCGAGCCGUUCAUGAAAAAAAUAGCAAACGUAAGCGAGAAAAUGUGGAGAGAAGUUCACAGGGAGAGCGGGAUUGGGGAAACUACGGAGACAAAAAAUAUUCACCGGAAAUUCUUGAUACACAUUAACAUUUUAAUUGUCAACCAUAAAAGAGAAAAAGAAGUUUUUUGCUUGUUAAGAACUGUUGUUGUUACACUUAGACGUUGCUGCGAAGGAAUGCUAAUUUCGGUUAAAUUCCUUCUUCCAUUUUAGGACGAUAUUGAAAGUUAACUCAUUAACUGCAUGAAGGAAGUUGUUUAGUAAAUAUUGUAACUGUUAAAUUUCGAUGUAAAUACAUCUCCUGGGCUAAGCUGUUUAUAGUGAAAUAAAUGCUAUACAAACAGUCAA